AUGGAAAGUAGAUCGCAGUUAAUCAGUUCCGCUGUAGCAUUCCUUAGCGAUUCUGGUCUCAAAGAUGCUCCAUUAACUAAGAAGAUUGAAUUCUUGCAAAAUAAAGGUUUGACCGAAGAAGAGAUCGAACACGCAAUUAAUGAAUCCACAAGUAAGAAAACAACCAGUGGAGAUGGUAGUGUGUCUUCUAUCAAUGGUACAAACCCUGUUUCUAAGGUUUCAGAGUCGCCAGAAUAUCUGUAUGAGGCAUUACCUCCUCUACUUCCUCGCCGUGAUUGGAAAGAUUAUUUUGUAAUGGCAACAGCCACAGCUGGCCUACUUUACGGAGCAUAUGAAGUAACCAAAAGGUAUGUGAUCCCAAAUAUACUCCCCGAAUCGAAAACUAAGUUAGAGCAAGAUAAAGAGGAAAUAAAAUCUCAAUUUGAUAGAGUGGAUAAGGUACUUAAUGCCAUUGAACAGGAGCAAACUGAUUUGAGAGCGAAGGAGGAAGAGAAGUUGAACGAAUUGGAUACAAUGAUUAACGAAUUACACACGACGCUUGAACAAACAACAGAAACAAGAUCGAAAAUGGAAAGUGAAUUUAAAAUGUUGAAGCUGGAGAUGACAAAUCUUCAAAAUUCUUUAGAUAAUUUUAUCUCUAGCAACAAGAAUACGAAUGGGUUAGACAAAGUUAGCACUGAAGUAGAAUCAUUAAAAAAUCUUAUCAAAAGUUCAAAUCUCCAACAACUUGCUGACAAAUCUCACAUAGAUAAAAGAGAUGGCAUUCCCUCCUAUGUUUCAAAUGGUGUUCCAGGUAUUGAUGCUAUUCCAACAGCCAGUGACUUGUUGGCAAAACUAAAUAUUGACAAUGACGGCACCACCAAAAAUGGAGAAACGUUGAAAGAAAAGGAAGCCAAUGAAGAUGAUGUCCCUGCUUGGAAAAGAUCAAGGGAAAAGUCUCUUCAAGGUAAAAGUACGAGCUCAAUACCGGCUUGGCAGACUGAAUCCAAUAAUGCAACAGGUAGUGUCACUCUCCCAGAUUGGCAAACUGUUCUAGAGGAAGCUGGUGAGUCAGCACAUGCUUCAGACUCUAACAAAUGA